GAGGACCAAGAUGGCUUCUGCAAACUUGGUCCAGGAAUUAACGUGUCCCGUCUGUCUGGAGGUGUUCACCGAUCCGGUCUCUCUGGAGUGCGGGCAUCACUUCUGCGCAACGUGCAUCUCUCAGGUUUGGGAGAGGGUCUCGGGGGAUGUCUCCUGUCCUCAGUGCCGGCAGGUGUUCGCCCAGAGGAACACCAGGCCCGCUCACAUCCUGAGCAACGUCGCGGAGCAGGUCAGGCAGCUGAGGGUGGGGGCGGCCGAGCGGAAGGAGGAGUUUGUCUGCCGGGACCACGACGAGAAGCUGAAACUGUUCUGUCAGGAGGAGCAGGAGAUGAUCUGCCUGGUGUGUGGCCUGUCUGCGCAGCACAAGAUGCACAAUGUCAUCCCGAUAAAGGAGGCAGUCCAGGCGAACAAGGAAAAGCUCGAAGAGUCACUGAAGCUUCUGCAACAACAAAUGAAUCAGAGUGUUCGGAGGAAGCAAGAAGGGGAGGAUAUGAUCCAGCGGCUGAAGGACCAGGUUGAUGGACGGAGCUGUGAGAUCAGGGCUGAAUUUGAGAAGCUGCACCAGUUCCUGCGUGAGAGGCAACAGCAGAUGGAAGCAGAGUUGCAGACAGAAGCAGACAAAAUCCUAACGCAAGUGAAAAACAACUUAAAGAGAACAGUCGACGAAAUCACUUCUCUUGAGGGAGUGAUCCAAGAUGUAAAAGUGAGAUUGGAAAUUCAAGAUUCCCAAGGGCUCCUUAAGGAUAUUCAAGCCCUUUUGAAGAGGUGUGAGUUGCCGGUUUCCAGUCCUGGAGUGGUGUCUGUCGAUCUUCCUGAGGAUGUGGCUGAAGGAAGGUUGAGAUAUCUCAAAGUGUGGAAGGAAAUGAGAGCCGUGGUUUCACCAGUGCCAGAGCGGCUAACACUGGACCUGGAUACAGCUCACAAUGAGCUCGUCCUCUCUCCGGAUCUGAUGAGUGUGCAGUACGUGACCACCAAACAAAAUCGUCAGGAUCACCCGAGAAGAUUUGCAAAAGAUUUUUGUGUUCUGAGUUCACAGAGUUUCACAUCUGGGAGGCACUACUGGGAGGUGUAUGUUGGAUAUAAGAUUAGCUGGGUUGUGGGUGUCUGCACAGAGUCUGUAAACAGGAAUGGAGACAUCUCCUACACACCGGAACAGGGACAGUGGGUUAUUGAUGUCUCUUCUAAUUCAUUGAAGAUACAAAAUGUCAUCUCCCAUCUGGAAAUAAAACUCCGAAAACUGGGGGUUUACCUGGAUUACGAGCGGGGCCAAGUGUCAUUUUACAAUGCUGACAACAUGUGUCACAUCCACACUUACACAGACAGCUUCACUGAGAAACUUUAUCUCAUCUUAAAUCCAUGUAAUAACAAAUCAGGCAAAAACUCUGAACCACUCACACUGCUCACCACUUAACACAGUGGGACACGUUCUCCGAGGUCUCAGACUUCUCUGGACCCACUGAGCAGAUCUCACUGCACCGAUUCUCUGAAAUACAACCAGAAAAAGCCAGAGCACUCAGCAGUGGGGGAAACGUAGUUAAUGUUUCAUGUCCAGACCAGCACGUGAGAACUGAUUCUGUGCCAUUGCUACUGACAGGUGAGGCUGUUCAUAUUGAUGUCUAAUCUGUAAAUUAGACUCGGUGUCUCCUUCCCAGCUCUCUCACACUCUCUCCUACUGACUGCAGUUCAGGUGCACAUUGUGUUAGAAUGAAGUGGACUGUUCUCUGGAAUUGUGAUAUCUGAUUCUAGCAAUCAGUGUGAAUAUGUGCAGAUAUUCUCUGUGUAAUAAACAUUUGAACUGCAGAGUGAACUGACAGUGUGUCUGAGCUGGUUACAUUGGGGAAACAGUGAACGGAAUGGGAACAAAUUGGGAGAUGGAGGUUCGGGCUCACAGCUAGAGCAAGGACAGGGAAGCUGUUGCCUCUCAGCUUUUGGGGAGAUUGCUGCCUCGUUCUGAAAGAGACAAGCCCUCAAUUGUUAUCUUCUCUCCAUUGUGUCUCUGAAAGGCAAAGAGUCUGGUCCAAUUGAACAGAGAUCCUUAAAGCCCAGUGAAACCAAGGUGGAAAGUCCGUGAAAAGGGUUUGAACGUGUCCAUGGUCUUUUCUGAUGACCUCAGCACUUUUCAGAGUGUUCCACACAUCCAGUACGUUGUGUGUGAUGAAAUGUACUGGGAAUGCAGUCCCAGGAUGAGGUCUACAUUUGUCAAAGUCAAAGUCAUGUUUAUUGUCACAUACACAAGUACAUGUCUGCACAGGUGCAAUGAUAAACCCGUGGCAGUAACACAGGCACACGGUAUCAUAGAAACAGCUUUCACAAGGGAAACUAAUCAAGCAUAAAUUGUGUAUAAUAUUUACAGGAUGGAACACAAUAUGAAGACAAGAAAAACAAAGUCCAUUUUGGUGCAAAUUGAUGGAAGGGGUCAGGUUUUGCUAAUCUGGAGUGAUUCGUGUUGUGCAGGUUGGUUUAACAACUGACUGGUUGAAGGAAAGUAACUGUUCUUGUACCUGGUGGUGUGGGACUUCAGGUCUCUGUACCUCCUGUCUGAUGGUAGGUGCAAGAAGAUGACUUGGACAGUCGGGAUCUUCAGUAACAGAUUUUGCCACCUUCAGGCAGUGUCUCAUGUACGUACGAUCGAAGUGGGGUGGGGUGUGUCAGUGAUGUAUUGGACAGGGUCUAGUACUCUGCAGCUUCCCACAUUCCUGCAUGUUUGAAUUGCUGUACCAGACCAUAAUGCAACCACAGGAUACUUUCAGCAGGACAUUUGUAGAAGUUUGUUAAACUGUUUCAUGACAAUCUGACCCUGCUAAUAAAGUAAAGACACU